UCAUACAUAGGCUACUAACCACAACAUUGAUGGUAAACAAUGCUAAUCUUAAUUAUUAUCUAAUGUAAAAAAAACAAAAAAUUUAUAUAACAUUUUAUAAACAUAAAAAUACAUGUAAUCUUUCAUAGUCUAGUCAGUCAUAUUUUAAUGUCCUAGCAUAUUACCUUAUAAAGAGUAUUUAUAAUGAAUAAGUCUUUCCAUACUGUUGAUCUGGUCAAAUAUGUUACACGGUUCCAGUGGGAUAUGGCCAAGUAUCCAAUCAAACAGUCCCUUAAGAACAUCUCAGAGAUCAUGUCCAAGCUAGCGAGUCAGAUUGACAGUGAUCUCAAAGCCAGAUCUUCAGCUUAUAACAGCCUAAAAGGGAAGGUUCUGGAAACUGAGUCUGGAGAGAAACAGAGUCUGGAGAGAAAGAAUUUGACUAGUUAUCCAGGCUGGCAGAAGACACGUGAAACUCUUUCUGAAAUGGGGAUUCCAAGAUCCACAAAGCUUUUAUUUGAAGACCAAGACAGCGGGUUGUUAAGUGUGACACUCUUCAGGAAGGCUGUCGAUGACUUUAAACACAAAGCAAGAGAAAACAAGUUCACGGUCCGUGGUUUUCAGUACAAUGAAGAGGAGAUGAAAGCAGACAAAGAGGAGAUGACUCGCCUCUCCACCGACAAGAAAAAGCAAUUUGGUCCUUUGGUGCGUUGGCUUAAAGUAAACUUCAGUGAGGCUUUCAUCUCAUGGAUACACAUCAAGGCACUCCGGGUUUUUACAGAGUAUGGGCUGCCAGUCAGUUUCCAGGCCAUGCUGCUUCAGCCAAACGAGAAGAAUGUAAAGAAACUGAGGGAAGGUCUGCAGGAUCUUUACAAACUCUUGGACAGCAGUGCAACUGUUAUUGAUGCAUCUAUGGACAUCCCAGGUCUGAAUCUCAGCCAGCAAGAGUACUAUCCGUAUGUUUACUACAAGAUCGACUGCAACCUCCUUGACUUCAAAUAGAAUUCAAAUUCCGAUGCACCAUUCCAUCCUGCAUCACAGAGACUGAACCCAAUGAUUUAUUAAACACUUACUGUUUGUCUUUUACCUUCCUCUCACUGCCUCAUUCCUUUAUAUCACUAUUUCAGAUAAGAGGUCUCAGAAUCUCACCAUCUGUGUUAUUGGUUUCAUUUGUUUACAAAUGAUGAAUUUUCAGGGGUUUUAAAAUUUGUCCUUUGAGGGCAUGUGUGGUCCAACACUGAACACUUGUCUUUUGCUAAGCCCAUAAUGGCUGUGCAUUCUGUUGUUUUUAAUGUUCUGUUGGUGCUUACUAUGUGCAGGUAAUGCAGUGAUUAUGUUUAAUUGUGCUGUUGAGAACCACUUUGUGUGUUGUCUGUGUUUGUGCUGCUGUGAGAUUAAAUGCAUUUAUGUUUUUGCCGGAAAAGGUGAAAUCACAUGAUAAAUUUAAAGACCAAUCAAAGUCAAUAAAAUUAUAGCACAUAAUUAUUAUUUGUUUACUGUCAGGAGUGAGGAACUAUAUUUAAAUUACUAUAUAUAAAUAAAAUAAAUGAAUGCAUUUAGAAGACACUUUUAUCCAAA